AUGGAUGUCAACGACCCAGCGAGUGCUCAACAAACCGUUUACAUUCGCUCGCCAACCCUCAGCGAGACAUUGACGUUGACGGUGCCAAGAGACGCCACGCUGUUAUCGUUAAAGCGCAUAAUUCAGGACAACCAUCCUCAGAAACCUUCACCGGCGAAUCAGCGCAUUAUCUACAGCGGCAAAUUACUUGAUGAUGACGUUCAUUUGAGCGCAAUCUUUGCCAAGCUGGAUAUGGACGUGGUGCCUACAUUACAUCUUGUCGUCAAACCUUCGUUGCAGUCGGCUUAUUCAGCGAAUAAAACGCCUACCAUGCCUGUAGGAUCAGUGCCUAUUUCGUUAUCCAAUCCAUCGCAACCGUUGUCUUCGGAAUCAGCUUCUACUUCCAACAUGAAUGCUCCUCCCUCACAACCGAACUUGCCGGUUUAUCCACCUUUGCUGCCGGGUGGCUAUCAACUCGUCGCUCUAAAUGGACAAUACUAUCUUGCACCUGUACUUGUACCAACGGAAGCACCACCUUUAAAUCAGCCACCACAUACCCAGUCUGUUUAUAGCGCUCAGCCUAAUAUGCCAUUCCCUCCUUCCAAUGCCCCCGCCAAUGCCGCGGUGCCGAAUGUUGAACCAGACAGACCGAUCUUUGCCUUUCGCUACGUCGCUCGAGCGACCUCCAUCUGGUUAGCAUUGAAACUGAUCUUUGUAUUAUUCAUCAUUUGUCAAGGGGCCAGUCUAGAAAGGAUACUCCUAUUUCAUGCCAUGGCAUUUGUUUUCUUUCUUUAUCAGACGGGACGGUUGCGACUAGUGAUUCAUCAUGCUUCGAGUUUUCGCGAUCCUUCUUCGUCAGCAGAAGGCCAAGCUUCCGGAUCGACGGCGGGUGACCAACCAGCCGACCCUCCACGACGGACAUUUCUCCAUUCCUUGAAACGAGGCACUUACACAUUCAUAGCUUCUUUGUGGCCCAGUUAUGGUCAGGAUCGUCGUGUAGUUCAAGCAUUUGACAAUGCCCAAUAG